CCGACAAAGCAGCAGCAUGGAGAGCAUGUGCGACGCCGAGACCUUCCUCUUCGCCGAGAAGCGCAAGCCGCGGUCGCGACCGCAAAAGUACUUGCAUGAGAGGCGCAUCGAGAGCCCGAGCGACGACGACCAUCGAGUCGAGCGGCCAAGCGUCGAGGCCAAGUACCGGGCGUCAACGCGCGCGCCGACCGAGCCCAAGGUGAGCCUGACCAAGGCGCGGGCGCGCUCGUUCCAUUGGGGCGACCACGGCGUCUCGAGCGCCACCAACAUUCUCGCGUCGUUCCCAUUCCACGCGAGCUCGUUCCAGAAGGACAACAACGAGCUGUGCGACUUGGACAAUGUCUACGACUACGAGAUCGACGCGACGAACGGAAGCCAGUACAAGUACGUGCCCAAGGAUAGCAGCAGCAGCGGCAACCAGCGCAACCUCUCGGCGGGCAGCUCGCGGCAGACGUCGCCGGCCGACGACAUGGACGAAGCGUUUGAUCGCCCGCCGUCACGCCAGCGCCACGCAUUUCCGACGCACCUCGUCGAUGCCAAGGACGUUGACGACGACGACGACGACGACGAGCGCAAGGUGUCGAGGACGACCAAGCGCGCGCACCGCCCGCCGUCACGGCACAAGCCGAUGGCGCAGGAGCCCGUGACGCCGUCGUCGUGCGAGAUCAACGAGCAAAGCCUCCAAGACACGAUCAAUCGGUUUCGGUCGCGGCGGUCGGCGCGGCGGCAGAGCCACGACCCACGCCGGGAUGGGUUUGAAGCCGUCGACGAAAACGUCCCGCUGCCCUUUCGCAUUGAAGUCACCAACGAAGACGGCACGCGCAAGUCCACUCCGUCGUCGCGGGCGCGCCGCGGCCGGCCGCGGCAACCCCCACCCGCCAAUGUGAUUGCGAUUGACGAGCUCCGCAAGACGCUGCAGUCGCGCGCCGAAGAUCCGAUGAUUUUCAAGGUAGCGCACUCUUGA